CUACAAAGCAUCAUUAACAGGUAUACAUACACCUGCCCGCUUACAUGCAGUCCAAACAUGCCCCUCCCGCUGCGGCUGCGGCACAUUCCGAUACCAUGCUCGGCAAGCAAGCACACGCCGCUGCAGAUGGCCUGCUGGCUGCAAUCGCGGAUUCAGCAAGACAUGGUUGACAACAAACUCGAGACUCGCCUAACCUUGCCAAUUCCCAAGCAGAAACACGCUGCAGCCCAAAGGAGAGAUUGGGUCAAGGCCCUGCUUAUGCUCAAUAUCCCAAACAGCUCGUGCCCGUCUCAUUUGCAGGAACUACUCAAACACAUUGGUCCGCCACCGACCGUCAUCUCCUUCAUGCCGCAGCCUGCCUUUGAUAUACCAGGCUUGGCUGUGGAUCCAGAGAGCGUUCAAAAGGCACGCCAGCUUGCUGCUCCAUUGCCCAAGCUGAUUCAUUCUCAUGAAAUUGCCUUUGGUGUUCGUUCGCUUGGUAUGGAGCUCCCAGACUCCUUCACAUGGGGUCAAUUACAGGAAGUGGUCGAACAACUGCUGAAGAACCGCGACAAGUGGAGUCAGGCCGGCAUCAGUAUUCCAGAUCUGUCCAUUGCACAUGGGAAACCGAAUCAGAAGGCUGCAUUCCUACAAGUAGACCACUUCAUUAAAAGAAUGGAGGGUUUCGUGUCCGAGGUCAAAGACGACACAUUACCCAGCGUGCCUCUGGUGACGGACCUGGCGGCAAAACAUGGGUUGCAGCCCAUUGACACGGAUCCUGCCUUUUUCGGGCCUGGGACCUUGAUGCUCUGGCCUGUAAUGGACCUCUCGGACAGUCUACAGCUGCCGCAAGGUGCCAGUCUCGCCUCUGAGCAAGCUCUACACGAUAUUUUGGCACAAGCCACCAUCAGAACCAUCAAGGAACAUUUCCGCCUCGAUGGUUAUAUCAAGCCCGGGGAGACAGGAGUCUGGGUUGAUGACAAAACUUCAUCUGUACCGAGACGCGUGGCCACCGUACGGCCCAUCGUGGGGCCCAAAUUGAUCACUUCUUUUGGUGUCGGCCUGCAGGUUGGGCCUCUGCACAAAGUGGCAAACAAUGUGGACCAAACAAUGACAAGCCUGGCCGAACUUGGGGGUAUCCCGAACACGCCAGCUUCGCUCGCAAACCAUUGGGCAGAAGUGUUUGCUGACUUGUUGAACGCCACGCCCAAGAGAUCCGCAGGAUUUAAAUUCAAGGUCCAGAAAUCUGCACUGAAGCUGAAGGCGAUAGAGAAUCCCCUCGCCAAAGGCCCCGCUUGGACAGUAGACCACCUUGAGGAUUCUGCACUGGGUUGGAGAACCCAGUCACAUGUUGACACUAGCUUGAAGCGAUCUUUGUUUUUCGAUGACAAAGUCUGCAGGUUGACUGCCAAUUGGCCGCUCCAUAAAAUGGGCGACCUUUUCGACAGUGCGUCGGCUAGAAUCACUGAUAUUGAGAGAGGUGACCAUGGCAGAUAUGGCAAAAAGGCCUUGCCCCAGAUCAAUGGAGUCAUGAAGACUAUGGGAGCAGUAUCGGAACUCGCGCAAGGGCGGCCAUGGCUCGGCGUUGACAAGAUCAUGGACGCAUGGCAUACUCGCCCGAUCAACAUGACCACCAUCUCGAAGCUCGAUCUCCACAUGCUGGAUCAUAGACCAGUCAUUCUUGGCAACGAAUCCUUUCCAAAGCUGGAGCCCAUUCCCCCAACAGAACUCAUCUCUGACCUUGAUUUGACCUGGCCGGAUCUGGCUGUACCCGAGGUCGAGUCGAUAGACCAACAGCCCACCUACGCUUUGGAUUUGGAAGACAGUUGGAAACGCUACUGCGGUUGGGUCCUCCGCGUGCUGCGCGAGAGCUCUCUUGGGCGGCAGCUGGACACGAGGCUUUUGGACCAUAGCGCUCGAUUCGUGACGGCCGAGAUGAUGACCAACUCGGGCGUCGCACUCGCCGUCAUCAAGGGAGCAAACUCCAGCAUAGCCAGGUCCAUCCACCACGGGCUCAACUACAUGCAGUGUGCAGCCGUUUACCGACGGGCCCUCACGGCCAGGGGACAGCCGCGCGGAGACGCAGCCACGCUGUCCCGCCAGGAGGCUCGGCUCAUACUUCCCCACCGGCGCAGGAUCAGUCGCCGCUGGGAGAAACACGUGGAGCCCGUCAAGCGUAUUGGUGCAGCCUACAGAGGUGGUCUUUUACCGCCGGAGGACUUCGGGCAGGCCUUGACCAGGUUGGUGAGACAUCCUGGCCAGAAUCAGUUCAGCAGACGGGCGUCCAAGAUUAUCGAGGCCCGGUAUGGCAAGCAGAUACUCCGUGCCACGGGGCUGAAGAAGGCGCCUCCGACCUGGCGGGCAGAUGAAGAUUUCUUGGGGCGGUAUUGAGGUUUGUAAAAUAGUGUAAAUACGGUGUUGCAUGUAAGAAUAGUCUGUACUUGUAUACCGACGCUCCAAUGAGUCAGGGGGGGCUGUUCUGCAGAGCCCUGCCCGCUUAGGGUCGUUAUCUUGUGCGCCUAGCAUAAUGAGCAAGAUCGACAGCGAAAUUGCGGCGAGACGGGGCUCUUGCGUCUUUGUAAACUCUUUAUGGCCAUGUUCUCCACCCUCGUAACUGGAUACACUGUUGUCUUGGACCUGGCCUGUU